CUGGGCGCGAUGUGGGGCCGCGUCCGUGGCUGGGCCGGCGUGGCCGUGCGCUCCUGGGAGGCGGCGGGGAGGCCGCAGAGCUCCUCAAUAAUUUUGAACGAGCUGAUACUGUGAUAGCCUCUCGUAUAAAGCAGCCUGGUUUCUUCUGUGUUUUGCUCUCUAAGCCUCAGCUUCCAAGCAGAAGGCAAACCUGAUGCAAAAUACAGAAACUCUUCAGCACAAGCAGCGUGCUUUCUACUGAGAAUGAUAAACUUGCUGCUUCUAACGACAGCACCACUGAAGUGGCAUCGAAGAGUCAGGAGGGUGCAGCAGAAACACCAAAGCAGAAGUUGCUAGACAUUAUUGGUAAUAUGAAAGUAGAAGUGAGCUACAGGAAUAAACUCCAACAGUUAAAAGCACGUGAAGUCAAAAAGCAAGACACAAACAAGCUGGAAGGCCCGGACAGUGAACAUGCUGUGCUUCAGCAAACUACAGAAGACAUCCAGCGAGGCAAGCCUUUAAAUCCCAAACUGGUGGAGGCUGCUUCUGCAGUUGCGUCUUCCCUACCGUUCAACAAGAAGCAGACAGAAUCAGAACUACUUGCACAACUAAGAAGACACGAAGAAACCACAGAUAUACAGAAAAAGGAGGGAAUUGUUAACAUACGGAAUGUUAUUUCAGAAAUGGCAGUUAAGAGGCAGUCCCCAGCUCAGAGAGAUGUGAGAAUAUCCGCACGUGUUUCCUUGGAGAUGGAUGAGGAUGGUCAAAGAAUCAAGCCUGGAAAAUUGUCAUCUCAGUCUUUUGACUCCAGAAGAAGUCUCAAAGUAGGAAGGCGGCUUAAUAUAUUCACUAAGGCUUCUAAAGAAACAGAAAACGGACUGGAAACAGUAUCUCCACCAACAAUCUGGGAUCUGGAAUUUGCUAAGGAGAUUGCAGCAGUAACUGCACAGCCUCCCCGCAACGGUUUUGAGGAGAUGAUCCAGUGGACAAAAGAAGGAAUACUGUGGGAGUUCCCAAUUGACAAUGAAGCUGGGAUGGAGGAAGAUGCUGAAUUUCAUGAACAUAUCUUUCUGGAGAAACACCUCGAAGAUUUUCCUAAGCAAGGACCUAUUCGACACUUCAUGGAACUAGUCAUCUGUGGGCUUUCAAAAAACCCGUACCUCAGUGUUAAACAGAAGAUUGAACAUAUUGAGUGGUUUCAGAAGUAUUUUGAGGAAAAGAAGGAAUUUCUUCAAGAGAUUUGAGACUUGGGAAAGUGCUUAGCCUUGAAAUGAAGAAUCAUUACGUUAAAAUUGAUGAUUUCUUGUAAUGGAAAUAAAUACUGUUAGUGCAUAGCAAUCAUGUGACCCGAAAGUUGUAAUUUAAAUAAUAAACUGAAAGGUCACGCUUU